AACCACUACAAUUUGUUGUUAACGUAGACAGAGAGAGAAAAAAGAUGGAGUUUAUUAAGGUUGAUGAUGGAGAUUAUUACAAUGAGCCGGUGAGUCCUACUGGGCAAUGCCUCAAUACCUCGGUGUUAUCCAUGUCAGUUCUUGGUGUUUUGGAAUCUGAGGUUCCAAUCGAUGAAUCAAAGAUCAUGUCAUUCCUUCAGGAUGUCUUCCUCCACAUCAACCCACGCUUCUGCUCCAUCAUGGUUGACGUCGACGGAGAGAAACAAUGGAAGAAGGUUGAGGUGAAGCUCACAGAUCAUGUUCACGUCCCUAUUUUUCCCUCUGGGGUAUUGUCAUCUGAGUCUUACGACCUUUAUCUCGGUGACUACAUAUCAAAAGUAGUACUGGAAAAUUACCCAGAAGACAAACCACUGUGGGAAGUUCACAUAGUCAAAUAUCCAACUUCCAAUGCCGCUGGUAACCUAAUAUUCAAGCUUCACCAUGCACUUGGCGAUGGCUACUCCUUCAUGAGUGCUCUUCUUUCUUGUCUGCAAAGAGCUGACGAUCCUUCUCUUCCUCUAACUUUUCCGUCGCGCCGAGGGUCCGAGAGAAAGGGACGUGACAAUUAUUAUAAGAGUGCUUUGAGGUGGGUGUCUCAGAAUUUGACCUCAGCUUUUUAUGCUGUGAAGGAUUUGGGUUGGAACGCUUUCGUUGAAGAUGAUCAAACACCGAUAAAAUCUGGGAAUUCUGGAGUUAAGUUUCUUCCAAUGGAUAUAUCAAGCUUGAUAUUCUCCCUUUAUGAAAUCAAACUAAUCAAGAACAAGCUCAACGUGACGAUAAAUGAUGUGAUAUGUGGAAUAGUGUUCUUUGCUACUAGACUGUACAUGCAAGAGCUGAUUAAUAAUAACCAAAAAUCAAGCAGCGCAGCAAGCUGCCGAGCGAUGGUGUUGGUCAAUACUAGGAUCACUCAUGGUGAUUACAAGCCGGUGAAGCAGAUGAUCGGACCCAGUUCUGAGAUGCCGUGGGGGAACCGAAUCGCUUUCAUGCCGGUUUCCAUGCCCAAGUUAACUGAAAUCUUGAACCCGCUGGACUUCGUCUUCGAAGCACAAAAACAUAUUAAGAGGAAGAGGAGUUCUUUUUCUGUUUUUUUCUAUAACAAGCUAUUUGAAAUUGUGAGCAAGCUUAGAGGCCAUGAGGCAGCAUCAAGAUACAUGCACAACAGACUGAAGAAGUCGAGCCUCAUGAUAUCAAAUAUGAUAGGGCCUGCCCAGAAAACAGCUUUGGCUGAUCAUCCAAUCAAGGGUGUAUACUUUAUGGUUUUAGGUAUACCUCAGGACCUUAUCAUAACAAUAGUCAGUUACAUAGGAGACUUGAGGAUUUCCCUUGGAACUCAGAAGGGAUUUAUUGAUCCUCAAAAGUUCAAGUCAUGCUUGAAAAAUGCGUUUGAGAUGAUACUAGAAGCCACAGACAAAAUUCCUAUACAGAAAAAUUAAGAGAGGCUAUAUAUAUGUGUGUGCGUGCGCAAAGACGAAGGCAUCUCUUUAAUCGUCUGAACUGUGUACUUAAUGGAAUAAAAACCAGAGAGUUGUGUUAUUCUAAUAUGGUUGUAUAAUAUUAAUACAAUAAAAUUCUAUAUAUGUAGUUUUGUUUUGAAAUACGUACAACCCUAAUAUUAAUGGAAUCAAGUCAUGUUUAUGAUCA